CGGCGUCGUUGGUGUUGCGUCAGCGAGCGGUCAGCUGAGGCGUUUGCCUGCCUGUCCAAAGUGUCGAGUGCUGCCCUGCGUAAAUAGACGGCGAGGAAAGACGUGGCAGGACGAAUUUUCGGCGCCGACUGUGUGUAACUUUUCGGCGAGAUGGGUCUCACGAUUUCGAGCGUGCUGACUAAGCUGUUCGGCAAGAAGCAGAUGCGCAUUUUGAUGGUCGGACUGGAUGCAGCCGGAAAAACCACCAUCCUCUACAAAUUGAAGCUGGGCGAGAUCGUCACCACCAUUCCAACCAUCGGUUUCAACGUGGAGACCGUUGAGUACAAGAACAUUUGUUUCACCGUGUGGGAUGUGGGCGGCCAGGACAAAAUCCGUCCCCUUUGGAGGCACUACUUCCAAAACACGCAGGGCCUCAUCUUUGUCAUCGACUCCAACGACAGAGAACGAAUUGGAGAGGCGCAACGCGAGCUUGAACACAUGCUGAAAGAAGACGAGUUGAGAGAUGCCGUUCUCCUGGUGUUUGCCAACAAACAAGACUUGCCGAAUGCUAUGAACGCAGCCGAGCUCACCGACAAACUUGGUCUCAACCAGCUGCGUAAUCGACACUGGUACAUUCAAUCAACCUGUGCUACCCAAGGUCACGGCCUCUACGAAGGGCUUGACUGGCUGUCGAAUGAGCUAGCCAAGAAGUAAUAAUAUUCCAGUCCAUGUUUUUGCGUGUAUUCGAGAAUCAUGCCCUUGCAAAAUUUCGUCUUGACCAUCCAAACAUCACUGUUAUUUUGCAACUCUAUGAAAACUGGUCAUCAAUCGUUCCAAGAGAAGAAAAAUUGUUUAAUUUAUAGUUAAUGUUAAUUUUAACCCGUAAAAUGUUAUGUGAAUUACAUUUUUGACGUUCAGAAAAGAAAUUGCUGGUUUUUCGUGCGAAUGCGACACAUGUUGGUUUUCUAGUGGCACGCGCAGAGCCCUCGGUUGCUUUCGUCAGACAUUACAUGGCAACUCUUCAAUAACAUUUGAAAAAUCAGUUAAUUGAAAUAUUUGUAUUGGAAAUCAAUAAUAAACUUCAACUAUGGUUGAUUUUGUAAAUAACAAA